AUGACAAUUGCAGGAUUCUGGAGUAAGCUUUUGGAAUAUGAUGUCUCGGAUGAAAGGGUCCCUUUCAGAAUAUAUGCAGAACGCUUUUACAAAAAGUAUGACCGUCCUUUGCGAGUAGGAAUAGAUGUCUAUAUGUGGUUAUGUGAACUUUCACCACAGAUAAAUCAGCAUACACACUCAAAUGGGCCGGAGGUCAUGUCAAAGCUUCUUCUUAAUUUUCAUUCACGAAUAAGAGAGUUGAUCUCUUUGAACGUUUCGUUCGUGUUUGUUUUCGAUGGUAUUUUUAAAGUGAAAAAGAGAAGAUGGACUGCUGGUUCAGAUCCCAAUGACGAUACGUGUGAAUAUUCAUUUUGCCCACCUGCCAGGAACUUUGAUGAAGCAUAUAGGACUGUCAACAAGAUUAUAUCGAAUAACCCGCUUUCUUGUGCAGUGGUGGACCUUCCAGAAGUUGUGAAGAUGAAGGAAUUGCUUGAUGAAUGGAAUAUUAGUUACGUUCAGGCACCAGCUGAAGCUGAGGCCGAACUUGGCAGGUUAAAUAUGGCAGGUGUCAUAGAUGCAGUCAUAAGCAAUGAUGCAGAUGGCUUCAUGUUUGGAACACAGGUAAUUCUACGUAAUUUUUCCAAAUGGAUUCCUGAUUUUCCUUCAACAUGGUUUCCUACUGGGCAUUCGAUAACACAGCAAACCGAAUUUUACGUUACUCCUAUCAGUGUAGCAAGGAUUGAAGAAAAGACUGGCCUUACUAGGGGCAGGAUAAUAUGUGUGUCCUGUUUGAGUGGAAAUGACUUUUCUGAAGGUGCUGAAGGGCUCGGAAUUGUCAGGGCGUUUCAUUUGGCUCAAAUCGGCACUAAGUGUGAAUCCAAGCAUGAUUUGGGGGAUAAGGGCAGGAAAGAUAAGAACAAGAAGAACAAGGAUAAGGAAGAUAAGAAUAGUAAAGAUAAGGAAACCACGCAUGUUAAGAAAGUUGAUUUAGCCGUUGAAAUAGCCAAAAUUUUUGUUAACAAGGACCUUACAAAAUACACACUUGGAAUUCCGCCGGAUGAUGCCGUUGGAAGAAAACAGAAGCUUAGUAAGUUGGCAUUGUUGCUUAAUGCUGAUCUUAAAAAGAACAGCAGGGAAUACUUUGGAAGAGCAUUCAACUUUGAAGAUGAAAUAACUCUGCCCUCCGAUUUCUAUUUUAUGAUCCACUUCUAUCCGUUGCUAGCACCAUAUAUUUACGUAUUUCCACCUUACGCAACAAAUAAUGCUGAGAGAGUAACUGAGGAUGGAUUCCAGGGAUGUAUUCUUCCACAAAUUUGUGUGCGUGAUUUCCAUGAUAAUAAAGAAGUUGUUAGAUUUUCAAGAGGCACAAAUCAGGGUAAACAGGGGAAUUCAUACUUUGAGGUAAAAAGGUAUGAAUCAAAAAAUGACUCAGAUUUAGACAAGUACAUUGAUAAAUUUAAUCAAAGUGGUCCCUUGGCAUGGUUUGAACGUCCAGAUUUUAAGCAAAUGUGUGACUUGUGUCUCCCCAUAUCCAAAUCGACACGAGAAUUCCUUUUAAAGUUUUUGUCUGAAGCGUACAUAUUUAGAGCGGUGAUAAGUUUGGAUCAUUUUCGUAAAAAUAUGGAUGAUGUUUUCGUUAAUUCCUUUAAGGUUAGAGAACUACCUGUGAAGCGCAAAGGCGAUAAGGAAACGAAGUAUAAAUGGAAAACAGAAUUAUACCAAUUGAGGUAUGAUGAUGAGGCCAUUUUUGGAGAAUAUUUAGUCCCAGCUGAUAAAGAUUUGAUUUAUGAUGAUAACUACAACUUGAUUUCAUCAAAAAAGAGCAGUUAUGUAUGGAUUCAAAAGUAUCUUCUUGAGUCCACAGAAAAUGGCAGAAGACUUGUGCAUGAGUACGAGUCCCGCACUAAGAAGAAGAAAGAAACAUAUAAGAAGGGCAGUCCAAGAAAACGUGGCAGGCGAUAUCCGAAACAGUCAACUACAUUAAUCAAUUUGAAGAACUCGCCUAUCAAACUUACACCUAAGAAGUUGGAUGCUGAUAUUAUAAGCAAGCCUGAUUUAAAGCCGUUGCCUGCAUUAAAAUUUGCUCCCGGAAGGCCUUCAUCCAAAGCUGAUGGAAGCCAAAAUAGUGCCGAUGAAAACUUUUGGCUUUUGGAAUCAUCAACCAAGAAAAGGCCAAGUUCAAAACAUGAAAAGCCAGAUCAUAAUUUCAAUCACCGAAAUGUAGUAACACUGGUUGAGCCGUUAAAUAAAAGAAACAGGUUAGAAAAGGUGCCCGGACUUCCCAGAAUGGAAAGCAAUAGUAUACAUCUAGAUAAAGAGUAUAAUGACUUGGUCUGCCACAGUCCCUAUAAGGAAAAGGUCAAAUCAGGGACAAAUUUAGAGCCCAUUACUAUUUUAGAUAGUGAUGAAGAAACAGAUGCUGAUGAUCCAAAGACUGGAGAUCUAGCAAAUAAUGAUAUUGAUGAAACUUCUGCUCGAGAUUUGAGUUCGAGUUUAAUAAUAAUAGAGGACGGCAGGCAGGAUAAGCCGGAUGAGCUGGAAAUUUAUAAGGAACACAACACUAUCUUUGCUAAGAAGUUGGAUAAUGUAGAUGGAGAAAACGUGAGAAGUUCGAAUAAGCAAGAAAUGAAAAGGGAAGACACCUCGGACUCUGAACAGAAUUCUUCUACUUUGCUUGAUGAAAAUGAUUCUGCUAUUCACGAUGCGGAAGAUCGAAUUAAUGAUAUAUUAGGCCUUUAG